AUGCUGAAAAAGUGGAGUGCAUCACAGAGAGAAGAUGUGGUCACGACAUACAGCCGGUGACGCUGUCUGAGCUAAAGCGGUCCGAUCCGGGUCGAGCUCACCACGUCAGAGUCCAGCUGAGAUCCUACGAGCCCCGCAGACUUUACCAGGCUCUGAAACUCUACUGCAGCAAGUGUAUAUCUAUGCACGACGUCCCAGAUGAUGAACUGGUGGCGGGUCUCUUCUCUGAGGCGUCCGGGGACUCUGGACCCUACAGUCCUCCACCGUGGGCGCUGUCAGGCCGGGUUGAUGUCCCUGGAGAGUCCCCACGAUCCCCUAACCGAACUCUGAGUGUUCACCUAUCCACCCAGCUCAUGUCUGAGGGCAAAACCAAAGAUCUCAUCUUCGUCAUGGGUUCGACCCUGGAGGAAACGUGUCGGCUCACAACCGGCUACCAGAACAUCGUCCCUGUGAGGUCAUCAGGAGGUCACCUUGCUCUUCUCGACCUGUCUGCACCUUUCCUGUUCAGAGGCAGGAAGAGAUACUACGGGUGUAGGCAGUGCUCUGAGGCUGCAGUGAGGGAACCGUCUGCUGAAGGAGUCAAGCUGAUUGACGAGAAGAUCAUUGCAGAAG